AUGAAAGGAGGAGGAGGAAAUAUUAAAGUAGUGGUCCGAUGUAGACCAUUGAAUGCCAGAGAAAUUGCUCGGGGUGCGAUUAGUCUGGUUCGCAUGGAAGGAAACCAGACGAUCCUUACCAAACCUCCUUCUCAGCAGACAAAAUCAAGCGAAGACACAAAAGCCUUCACAUUCGACAGAUCAUACUGGUCCGCCGAUAAGACUGCAUCAAAUUAUGCAGAUCAACAGGUCGUAUACGACGAAUUAGGUUGCGAACUACUAGACCAUGCAUUUCUUGGAUACAAUUGCUGUAUCGUUGCUUAUGGACAGACCGGUUCAGGAAAAUCGUAUUCAAUGAUGGGCUAUGGAGAAGACAAGGGUAUCAUUCCUCGCACUUGUUCGGAGCUGUUUGAUCGCAUAGUGGAAAAGACAACUUCUUCCCUGGAAUUCCAAGUAGAGGUGUCCUACAUUGAAAUCUAUAAUGAAAAAGUACGCGAUCUUUUAAACCCUCGUAACAAGGGCAAUCUCAAAGUCAGAGAGCAUCCCAGUACAGGCCCUUAUGUUGAAGAUCUUUCACGACUAGCCGUAAACUCAUUUGCAGACAUUGACCAUCUAAUGGACGAAGGAAACAAGGCGCGUACAGUUGCAGCAACAAACAUGAAUGAAACAUCAUCAAGAUCCCAUGCAGUAUUUAACAUUUUCCUAACCCAAAGACGGCGCGAUAAACCAACCGAUCUUCCGACCGAGAAAGUAGCCAGAAUCAGUUUGGUGGAUUUAGCUGGAAGUGAGCGCGCCAAUAGCACGGGUGCUACGGGAACCCGUCUCAAAGAAGGCUCAAACAUCAAUAAAUCACUCACCACGCUUGGUAAGGUUAUUGCUGGUCUUGCAGAGCAGUCGAUACAACAAGAAAACAAAAAGAAUGGAAAAAAGUCCAAGGAAGCCUUUGUGCCCUUUCGUGAUUCUAUCUUGACAUGGUUACUCAAGGAUUCUUUGGGCGGAAACUCAAAGACGGCCAUGAUUGCGGCUAUUUCUCCGGCUGACUUUGAUGAAACCCUUAGUACUUUACGUUAUGCGGACCAAGCAAAGAAGAUCAAGACCAAAGCAGUCGUGAAUGAAGAUCCCAACGCAAAGAUGAUCCGUGAGCUCAAAGACGAAUUACAAGCUCUGAAGCAGACCUUGAUGGUGUAUGCCCCUGAAGAAAGGAACCGAUCGGUGGCACCACCAAAACCAGAGACAAUCGUCUUUAGUGAUGGAACAGGCACUCCAAAAUACCUAACCAAACAGGAAAUGGCAGAGCAGGUCCAGAUCACAGAGAAACUCCUUGAUGAACUCAACGAGACAUGGGACCAAAAGGUCUACAAAACAGAGCUGAUCCACAUGGAAAGAGAAAAAUCUCUAGAAGAACUUGGCAUCUAUGUCGAAAAGAACAGCCUCGGAGUCUACACGCCAAAAAAGAUACCCCAUCUUGUCAAUCUCAACGAAGAUCCACUCAUGUCUGAAUGUCUUAUGUAUCAAGUAAGACCUGGAAUUACCCGUGUAGAGGCACCAAAAGAAGCUUACAUUCGUCUCAGCGGAACAAACAUUUUAGAAGAGCACUGCUUCUUUGAAAAUGAGGCCAAUAUUGUCACUCUGCAUCCUGGGAAAGAUUCACUAACUAUGGUCAACGGAAUGCGGAUUCUUCAACCAAAGAGAUUAAAAAGCGGCUAUCGUAUCAUAUUAGGAGAUUACCAUAUCUUCAGAUUCAACCACCCCGAAGAAGCCCGGAAAGAGCGUGACACUCUCCUUCGAAGAACAAGCUCACUCAAUGGACACAACAAUCUAGCCAUCAGCAGACCAGAAUCACCCACUGUUUCAAUAAUGUCAGACCGCGAAAGUGUUCCACAAUUCUCAGACAUCGUGGACUGGAACUUUGCCCGCAGAGAGGCAGCCCUGUGCUCAUACAAUACUGGUGAAAAUUCAACAAUCGUACACAUGCCAGAUGAGGAUCUGGAACGAUUGUUUGACGAUGUGUCCAAGGUCAGGCUACGACGUCUGAGAGAGUCUUCGUAUUCAUCCUCAGAUGGAGGAGUAUCCAUGGACACAGAUAGUGUCUCAAGACGUACGUCAGGUUCAUCAUAUCGACUGAGCACAUUGUCUGCAGCUUCAACCUUCCAAGAGGACAGUAGUGUAGACGAAUCCUAUUUCCCAUCCAAGUUUGGCCCAGAAUUGACGAUGGAUAGAAAUGAACUUUUUCAACAGGCUAAAGAAGAAAUGCAGCAACAGUUGGAGCUUCAACGACAAGAGUAUGAAAGUCAGAUACAAUCCCUUUCGAUGAACCUCCUGUCGAGAACAUCCUCAGUAGAGUCACUCGAGCAGCCUUCAGAUUACACCGAGGCCGAAGCCACCCUGGCACGCAAGGUUAUCGAACAGUGGAAAAGCCACAGAUAUGCACACAUGACACAGGUCAUAUCUCGUAAUACACCUGUUUUGCAACAUGCAAAUGAGAUGGCAUUUCGCCAAGACGAAGGUGCCAAUUAUCGAUUCAUAGUUAUUCACGAUAACACCAGUGUGUCUUCACAGUCAUUCUGGGAGUCAAGCUCCUCAUAUGUUGAUGCCGAACUACUGGCAGAAAACAAGCCGUGCAUUGCAGUACAUGUAACAGACCAGAAAAACAAGGCCUGCUACAUCUGGUCAGUCGAAAAGUUCAGAAUGCGCAUGAGAUACAUGCAAGGUGUUCUCUACACAACCGACCGUAUACCCAAACAUCUGAUUGUAGAAGAAGCGUUUUAUGAUGCUACACACUCGCGGUACUCCUUGCUAGGACUGGCAAGAACCCCUCUCCGGAACCUUGCAUUUCAAGUACCAAUAGAGAGUGUCUUGAACGUGUUUUGCAGAAACACCGGCAAGUCUAUUUGCCAACUCAAGGUUCUGAUUGCUCCUAUUGCAAGAUCAGUUUUAAGAGGAAAGUCAACAGCAGCAGCAGCAAAUAAUUCACUUAUAAAAAAUGGAAAAACAACAAAAGAUCAUCAGGCCAACAAGAAAUUAUUGAACGUUGGUCAACAACUAGUCUUUGAAGUUAGAAUGUUGGUUCUCUCGGGCCUCAAUGAAGAAGAAUUCACAAGGGUGCAUGCUCAGUUUAGACUAUCUGCAUUCGGUACCAGUACACGAAACUCAUCGUCAGACACAAUUUUUGCUACCGAGCCCAUCAGAAAUUUUGGAUCAUCCCCUGUUGAACUAGGGUAUAGCCAGACACUCUCGAUGACUGUAACAACAGAGAUGCUGGAUGCUAUCAUGAACAAUUGUAUCACAUUUGAAGUUUUUGGAGAAAUUCAGCCCGAUAAAAUAACCCAAGCAAUAGCCUCGGUUAGACGACGGCCUAAAGCAACAGCAUCAACAACAGCAGCAUCAGUAGUGGUGCCUUCAAGAGAAAGGACAAACCGUGUGAAUGAAACAAGGCAUGAUGUUCUGUCCUGGAUUCAGCUCUGUGAAAUGGCUCCUGAAGGAGAAUAUAAGCCUGUAAUGAUAAUGCAUGAUCAGGGGAGUGUGUUUUCUUUACGACAGGGUCAGCAGCGUCGAAUAAUACUCACAUUGAGUCAUGACUCUGGAAACCAGCUCGAGUGGCAAGACAUCACCUCCCUGGCCAUUGGAAGAAUUCGGCUUAUGGAUACAAAGGGACGAACUGCCGAUCUGGUCUCGUCUUCAGAGAUCCCCAUCAAACUUAUGCCCGAUCAGAUAUUAUCACCGAGCACAGAUGGGACGAGCAGCAUAAUUGUCCAGGGCGCCUGGGAUAGCUCCCUCCACGACUCCUUGUUACUGAACCGAAUUACACCCGCUGGACAUCGGGUUGUCCUGACAGUGUCAUGGAAAGUUCGAUGUGGAAAACACGAUGAGCCUCUAAAGUUCAAGACCGAUAUAUACGUACGAAUCCUGGGCGCCACUCCUUCUGACCAGAUCAAACGUGCGUCACUAUUCCGUAAUUUCUUUUCAGGGUUACCGGCCGAGCGAACCUUGUCAGACAGAAUGAGCUCCAUAUUUUCUGUUCACAUCUGCCCCUCUGUGUGCUCCCCCCCAAAAGGACUUGAAAGCGACAUAACGUUUCAAAAUGGCCACCAGGACACAGAAAAUAAAACCCAAAGUCUGGAACUUCUUGAUACCUAUCGUGCAGGGCAUCAAAGGAUAUCGUGUAAAGAGCAAGCUUCAUUUAUGCGACAUGGUCUAGUUCUUCAUGAGCAGAUACUCCAACGCAAUGGGCCUGUAGAACACAUACCAUUAAGUCAAAAAGAAAAAGAAGCACUGCUACACAAGGUCAUCAAACUUUGGACCUUCAAACCUCAAUUGAGCAGAGAGAAGAAUUUUAUGGUACUGCCAAUGGAUAAGAUACCAGGUAGCCCAGGAAGAAUCCAACGCUGGUCGUCCGAGGUUCACGAAAUCAUACCAAAUAGCCCAGUGACCAUGAAAGGACCACUUUCACGGUUUGAAAAAGACACUGGAAAAUGGGAGAAGUACUGGUGUGUUCUGAGAAAACCUUUACUUUUCCUAUACAAAGAUCAAACCGAGAUUAGUGAAGCAAGCCUACUACGUAUUACCUCUGUUGCUAUCUCUGACGAUGCUGUGCAGACUCCAAACAGAAUCACUGUUUACACCCACAACAACUCUUAUUUAUUGCAAGUUAAUGAUCCGUCUUCUCUUAUGGAGUGGAGAGAAGCCAUGGAUCCACUUUCUUCCUUCUAAACGUACCCACCCUUUCGAGCUUUUUGCUGUUUCAAAUUCAUAUUCUCUUUCUCUUUAUAAACUUCCCCCACAAACAUGUAUCCAAGUGAACUUGUUAUUAUUUAUCCAAAGCCCUGUAUUAAUAUUUUAUUGUUCAAGAUCCUAUUCCCUUCAAUUAUUCUUUAUAAAAAAAUUAAUGUUUGAUUUC